AUGCUCAGGGCUCCGGAGCCGCGGCCCAGGGCGGCGGGGGCGGCCCCCCAGCCCAAGCCGCUCACCUCCUUCCUCAUCCAGGACAUCCUGCGCGACGGCGCGGAGCGGCGCGGAGACCACGCGAGCAGCCCGCAGCCCCCGCGCCCGCCGGACCCGCGGCGAGAGGCGCAGCCGGAGCCCGGGCGGGGGGCAGGCGGCGCCGGCGCCGGCGCGCCCGGGCACGAGUGGAGCGCCCGGCCCCGCGCCCCGCGGGAGGCCGACGCGCCCGCGGAGGGCGAGCCAGAUAGACACUUUGAGACUUAUCUGUUGGACUGUGAAAACAGUGCAGGCUCCUUACCAAGCCUUCCGCAAACCUCGAAGCAGCCACAGAAGCGCUCCCGUGCUGCCUUCUCGCACACUCAGGUCAUUGAAUUAGAGAGGAAGUUCAGCCACCAGAAGUACCUGUCAGCCCCUGAAAGGGCUCACCUGGCCAAGAACCUCAAGCUUACGGAGACCCAAGUGAAAAUAUGGUUCCAGAACAGACGCUAUAAGACCAAGCGAAAGCAGCUCACCUCGGACCUGGGAGACCUGGAGAAGCACUCCUCCCUGCCUGCUCUGAAAGAGGAGGGCUUACCCCAGGCCUCCCUCAUCUCCAUGCAUAACAGCUACCCUUACUACCCCUACCUGUACUGCUUGGGAGGCUGGAACCCAGCUUUCUGGUAAUGCUGGCUCAGAUGACAAUCAUGAGUGAUCAAACACAGCCUUCCCCAGGUUGCGUCUCUCGAAGGCAAAAGGGGCCAAGCUCAGGGAGGACUGAAGAGGUCUACAAGAGGUGUGUGUCCUGAGGUGGUUGGAGGUUUGCAUGGGCAUCCCAGAGCCCUCAGUGAUGGGCCAGUGAAAGAUGGGGGACCGCGAAUAAUAUCCAAAUGGUUCUCCCAACACACAAAUGUGGGAUGUUUUUUGCUCUUAGGGACCUCCUUGAAAUCAAGUGCUGUUUCUAGCACUUCUUAUGAUUUUAUAUGAGCUGUCUGCUUCUGAUUGGGGUUUCAACCCCAUCUUCUUGUAUAACCGAGCAUCAGCCCUGAAAGUGCAAACCUGAAGGGAAAAAGGACAUCCGAGACAAGGGUGUCACCUCCUGAAUUACACUUAAGUUCAAAAACCUCUUGUUGGCCUUGGAUUACGAUCAAGGUUCCUCUCUGUCCCUGUAAGAGAGAGGGAGACACCUGCCAUGCUCAGCACAGACUGGCAUGGGA